AUGCACGAACCAACUGUCUCUGACUUUGGUCUGCUCAAACGCAUCCUUCGAUACAUCAAAGGCACUCUGCAUAUGGGGUUGUAUCUACGGAAAAGCUCUAAUCUAUCUUUGUCGGCUUACUGUGACAGCGAUCACGCCGGAUGUAAGAAGACUAGACGAUCUACCACUGGUUUCUGUGUUCUUCUUGGUCCCAAUCUGAUUAGCUGGUCGGCUAGAAGGCAAGAAACGGUCUCAAAUUCAUCAACCAAGGCGGAAUAUAGAGCUUUGACUGCUACUGCUCAUGAAAUCACUUGGCUCUCGUUUCUCCUUCGAGACUUGAAGAUCUCACAACAAUUUCCCACUCUACUGCAGUGUGAUAAUCUCUCUACAGUUUACUUGAGUACCAAUCCUGCGCUUCACAAACGAUCCAAGCAUUUCGACACUGACUUCCACUACAUCAGGGAACAAGUCGCAUUAUAA